GCACCUGGCAGACACAAUUACCUUGAUACUGAUUUUUGUAUGUUGAAAAAGUAACUCUUUGUACAGAGUGUUCAUUGAUACACUGCCCAACAAAUUCAGAUUUUUGUAUGUUUAGUGUCAGGUAGUAUCCAAAUAUAUAUGACAUGCAAUUAAAAUUUAAACCAAACAUUGAUCCAUAUGUGUAGUUCAGAUUUCAGUGUGAAAUUUGCUCAUAUUACAUUAUUAACUUCAUGUCCUGUUCUUUAUGUUAAACAUCCAUCUAUGUGUGGUACGUUUCUUGUCCUGUGCUAGAAUUUUCAGUUUUUUAGUUAUACUCUUUUACUUCAUUUACAGUGAUUGUUUACAUGCAAAUAUAUACUCUUUUGCACACAUUUUGCAUUUCUUUCUUUUGAAUUGCAGGGACUCGGAUAGAACUACGAGGAUCCAUUGAGAAACCAUGGAGCCAUGGUCAGAAGUGGAAAACUAAUGGAUUCAAGUGUGGUUAUUGUCCUGUUGCAAGGGACAGUGGAGGUGUAACCUGUUUAAGGAAUCAUCUGGCUGGAUUGCAAGGGGACGUGGUACCAUGCCCAAAUGUGCCACGUAAUGUUAGGGAGAUAAUGUUGAAGGUAAUGGCAUCAAGGAGACAAAAGAAGAUGGAUGCUAAUGAGCGUCGUCUCUUUGUUGAAAAGGCAAUUAUGGAGGAAGCUUAUGGGAAGGCUAGAAGGGCUAAUAUUCCUCCUGAUGAAGAGGGGCAGGUUGAGAUGGCAAUAAGAGAAUCGUUGAGGGAUAUUGGCUUGGAACAUCGUAGCUCUUCGCCUUUCAGUAGGGCAAGUGGCAGCUCCCUACCUUUUGGUAGGGCAAGUGGUAGUGGAAGUUGCUCAACUAGUCAAACUAAAAUUGACAGGUACUACCGAAGUCCAAGUGUUUCAAAAGUUCCAUUUGAUAUAGAUUUGGCACGCAGUAGGGCAUCAUCGCAGCCUAGGGUGGACAUUAUGCUCCAGGGAGAUGCCAAAGAGAAACUUGGGAAAGCUUUGGCGAAGUAGUUCCAUGCUAAUGAUAUUCCUGGAAGAAAAGCAAACUGCCCAUACUUUCGAGCGGCCAUUAAAUUAGCUCAACAGCUUGGAGAGGGAGUGGUUAUUCCAACGGGAACAUAUAUAGAUGGCCCAUUGCUGGAUAUGAACUAUGAAGACUUGCAGGCCCACAUGGCUGAUUUUAAAGAAGAUUGGGGUCAAUUUGGAGUUACCAUCAUGUGUGAUUUAUGGACAGGACCUACCAUGAUGUGUAUUAUUAAUUUCAUGAUAUUUUGCAAUGGACGUAUGUUCUUCCAUAAGUCUGUGAAUGCAACUGGUCACGUCCAAAAUGCAGAAUUUAUUUAUGAUUGUAUUAGAGAGGUGAUUGUUGAAGAGAUUGGGGGAAAAUUUGUCAUUCAGAUUGUGACAGAUAAUGGUUCCAACUACAAGAAAGCAUGCAUGCAACUCACUGCUGAGUAUUCACACAUUACUUGGCAGCCAUGUGCAGCUCAUACUAUCAAUUUGAUGUUGAAGGACAUAGCACGUUUUGAUGAGGUUGUGGAAGUAGUGGACAAUGCAAAGCGGAUAUGUAGAUUCUUCUACAACCAUAACAGGCUCCAUGCUAUGAUGAGAGAGAAGAUAGGCGGAGAGUUGAUUCGAUGGAAUGCUACUAGGUUUGGCACAAUUUUCAUGUUCUUACAGAGUUUUUGGGGCAGGCAGGAUAAGUUUCAGUCAUAGAUGAUAUCUAGUGAGUGGAAAAAUAAUGAAUGGAGAAAUGAGGAGGACCAUAAAUUCACAUAUGAUUGCUUGAUAAAUAGGCUCUGGUGGGAUAAGGUGGAGUUGGUGCUGAAAGCUGUCACACCAAUCUACUCUGUACUUCGCUUUGCUGAUCAGCAAAAGAAUGGAACUAUAUCUGGAUUUCUUCCAAGGAUGUUACGUGCGCAAGAUGAAAUACGUGGUAAAUUAAAGCACGAUGAGCGUGCUAAACGAGAUCUCUUAGAGAGGUUAGAUGAAGUAAUUAAUAGGAGAACUCGAUAUCUUCUCAAUGAAACACUCAUGCUUGCAGCUGCUGCACUUGAUCCUGAAGCACUAUACAGGUCAAAAUUUGCAUAAAAACUAAGUUCUAUGUUGGCUGUAACAUUUGCACUCAAGAAGCUUGCAAGCUCACCUUCAGAGGCAUCGAUUGCAAUUGACCAAUUUGUUUCGUUCUUCAGCACACAGAAAGGGUUAUUUGGAUCGCCGGAGGCUCGGUGCUCGGCACUUCGUGGCAAAACGAGUGCAGCUGAUUGGUGGACUUCAUAUGGAGGACAGUACAAAGAACUACAAAAGCUUGCAAAGCGUAUUAUUUCACAAUGCAUGCCAUCUAGUGGGUGUGAGAGAAAUUGGAGUACAUUUGCUUUGGUUCAUACCAAAUUAAGAAAUCGGUUAGGUUAUGAGAAGCUGUACAAGUUGGUUUAUGUGCAUUAUAAUUUGAAGUUGUGCAUCCAACAGUUUGAAGUUGAUUUUCAAAGCCUUCAAGAAAAGGAGGGCCCUGAUCCAUGUAGCAUGAUGAUGGAUGUUGCUUUAUAUGAUGAAGGCAACCCAAUCAUGGAGUGGUUGUGCAACUCCAUGAGUGAGUCUACACCAACUCUCGACGAAUAUGAUGAUGAUCUUGAUUGGCGCACACCUAGCAACUUUCUCAUUGAUAAGUUACAAAUGGAGGCACAUGAGGUGGCUGCAUUUAAGAGGAAGCUUUGUUUUGGCAGAAAGGGCGGUAAGAAGAAAGGGAAGGUGCGAUCAGAGGAAGAGGAAGAAGGUUUUGCAAAUGACUAUGAAUCAGAUUCUUCACAUGAUAGUCCAGUUUAUGCCGAGUCGGGGGACAGCAGCUCUGAUGAUGAAGAUGAUGGUGAGUUUCAAUCAGUUUCAGCAAUUGUGAUUUAUUGUCAAUAACAUGUAUUUUUUUCCCCUUGAAAAUCUAAUGUGUUGCAAAGGUGGUGACGGAGCUAGUGGUAGUGGAGCCCGUGGUGGUGCAGGCAGUGGUUCAGGUGCUAGGCUUAGGGAACCAACCCCUAUCCGUCCAAGAUCAACUAGGAAGAAGAAACCAACUCUCAAGAGUGUCUACCAACUCUAAAAUUGAUGCAAGCCUCCGAGGAGAAGAUGUGGAUGUGGCGCUCUAUACUGUGCUUAUCUGAAUAUUUUGUUGGUUCUUAAGUGCACUACUCCUGUAUUUUGUAAUGGAAUUGAUGUUCAUUUGGCACCUAUGUUGGUGAUAUGUGUUUCAAACAUGUAAUAUUUGGGUUGUUUCUUAUUUUGCUAUCCAAUGGACUUGUAAUAUUUGGGACUGUGCAUUUAGUAUGAUAUUUUUA